UUUUUCCUGAUUGAAAUGUGUUUCUUGCAUACAGGCUUGUAAAUUCACUGCAUUCAUGCCUGUGUCAUAAUUAACAGGUGCUUCAGUUGGGAUUAAAACUUGGUUAUCUAUUGCUCUACCUUCCAAUUUUCUGUACAACGGUUAUCCUCUAAAAAAACAGAUUAAACAUACUUGUGGCAAACUUGGUGAAAUUUUUAUUAAUUUCUUGACUACUCAUACUUAAAUCUGCAGCACAACUUUUAUAUAGAAAAAUAAUACUGUGAUAGGGAAUGUGAGUGAUGUUGAAUGUACUCAGCAAAAGGAAGUUGAAACUUGUGUUUAAAUCGUGUUUACAGGACCUUUCUGGGGCAUAUUACUGGAGAAAAGUAAAAGCCAGAUAAAAAUGGGCAAUAUGAAUUUUGAUCCGUCACUUGUCUUCUAGUGUCAAAUAUAGUUAAGAUCAUUUCAAUUUUGAGUGGCUAGAGUGCUUUAUGAACUGUUUUAAUUCCGUCCAGUGGAAACCCAGAUUUUCAACCAUGUUUUGUUUUAUUCUGUUUCUUCUGCAGGUUAAUGGAGCCAUUCUGGAAACAGACUUAGAGGAUCUCCACCAGAUUAGCCCAGUGUCAGUGGGUUCUGUGGCAAUGACACUGGAUGACUCCUGGGAAUGGGAUGAAACAGAUAAGACAGUUAUGGAAGCAGAACAACAUGUACCACAACCUGACCUUACAACUGACCUCCCCACCACCACACAAUCAAAUCUGCCCUCAAACAGUGCUUUGUCCAGUGAAAAUCAACCUCUGGAUAUUCAUACUGAUAUCAAAGCCACUCAGUCAAAAGGGAGAUCUCAAUCAAAGGGUGGAUCCUCUUUGGAUGUGCAGCACAGCAUAACUGCUGAUGCCCUCCCAAACAAUAACAUAUAUCAAGUGUACAGCCUCCACAGCAUUGAAUUAUGCAAGCAGCCAAUGUUUCCCCUUACUUCCACAUUAAAACACAUAAAUAAACCUGUCAAUAAUAAAAGACAUUUGUUGCUGAUGAACAUUAAUGACGAUUCCUCAUUGUCCUUCGUUAAAUCCCCCCCAGACCUCCUGGGAGGUUUGAUGUCAAAUAGCCAACAACAGGAAAGAAGCAGUGAAUUUUGGAAUAAGGAAAGUGAGGGUGGCAGAAGAAGCGGGGAAUCAGAAAAUAGUCUACAAUCAGAUUCAGAGAGUGGGAUUGUAAGUGACAAUGGAGAUUCAGAAGCAUCAACAAAUUCUGCAAUACAAGGAAAGAACGAGGAUCAGGCGGUAGGAAAAAAGGAAAAAAGAGACUGGAGAAAUGAUGAAGCUCCACAAGAAAAUCAUCCUUUAAGUCUGGAAAAGAACAGAAUUACUCAGUAUGAAAGAAGUAAGAUGGACAUUUCUAAGAAUUUUGAUGGAUUUAAAAGGAAUGAUCUUAGAGGUGAGACCAAAGGAAACAAAGAGGAAGAGGACAAGAGGUACAAAGAGGGAGGAGCAGAGGCUGUUGAAAUCCUAAUAAAUGGACACGGGCUCAAUGACUCCUCCAAGGUUUUUAUGUCCCUGACUGAAAACAAUGAUUUUCACUUUGACCACUGUAAUCAUGUUGAUACUACCCCUGCUCUCAAUAGUAGGAUAUCAAGUCCAGUUUUGUCUCAGAGCUCUUCUUUGGAGUCUCUAUUGACUCUAGGUAUGGAGUUAUUCCCCUCCAAAGAUUAUCUGCAUCAUAGUGUCUCUCUGGAGAGCUGUCUUAAUCAAUGCCACAGCCCUGACAUAGAGGUGGUAGACAGGCUUUUCAGUCCCAAUGAGCUGAAACAUGUCCUGGAGAAAGACAGUGAUAUAGUUGAACCAAGAACAGGCAUAAAUACUGGAACUGAGACAUCUGCUGAAGACCUUAGCCAAAGAACCCUUGAUCUCCUGAAACGUUUGGAGAACAUUCAGAAUCCUUUGGUCGUGAAGAUGACACGCAGUGUUUCUGACAUGUCAAUUCAAAGUAGCACUCCACAGAAGAACCAAUUCCCUGUUUCACCCUCUUUAGGUCGUGAACACAUCUUACAAUCUGGCAUUUCUAGCACUUCAUGGGAAGAACAGCCAUCAGUGGUCAAUGAAACAUUAUCAAAAGUAUCACUAACUGGGCUGAGUAGCACAGAAGACUCAUCUCUGGGGUCUGAGGAUUUCAUCAUGUUCAGAAAUCAGCAUCACCUAUCUCAACAUCUAAACAUGGUGGCCAGUUCCAACUCCAGCUCUCAUAGGCAACAUUGCCACAAUAGCACCAGGGGCGGGAAAUGUGUAGAUGGGUCAGAUGGUUUAAGCAUGUUGGUAAACGUUUCAUGUACUUCAGCAUGCACAGACGUAGAUGGAUAUGACAGCGAUCUGCUUUCGUCUUCCACACCGACGCUCACUGAAGAGGAACUUGGUGUUCGGGAUGAACAGGAUGGGGAUGACAAGAGGAUUAACGGUGUAUCCUCCAGCAAUGAGGAAGAUGAGGACAAUAAUGAUGAUGUCAUGGAGACCUCCUAUGAGCUCGGGCUUGAGUAUAUGAAGAGGAAGUUAGAAAGUUGGAUAAGAACUCCUCGUACCUCUGCGUCCUCCUCAUUCAAAACAGAGGCAGGGCUUUUGGAUGAGUUACAGUGUGGAAGUACGCCAUCUUCCAGCUUCCCACAUUCAACUACACAAUUAAUAAAAACCAAGAAAAAUGCUUACAACAAUACAACCAGAGGACAGGACCAAGAAGACGAGAACAGAAGGAAUGUGACAAGAAGCUAUAUCAGCCAAUUUGUUGAUGAUAUAGAGAAUGGAAAUGUAGAUCACAACUGUUUACAAGGAAAAUAUGAAGAUGAUGACCUUCUCCAGGAAGAGUCUGGCCUGUUCACUAAGAAAGAGGAUACUUUAAGGGAGUUGUAUGUGAAUGUCAAAACAGAAGAGCCGGUUCAAGAUGUUGGGAAAUUGAGACCUGAAAUGGAUUUAAGUUCUACAAUAUAUAUAUGCUCAUCACCAUCAAGUAAGCUGUACCCCUUCUCUUCUAAGCAUUCUUCCUGUUUGGUGGACGAGCUGAGGGGGGAGCUUCCCUGCCACAGCACCUCCAGUCCUACAACUCCUUUGCUGUCUCCAGAUGACUGCAGAUCCCACAGUGCAUUGGACAACAGCCUAUUGAUUGCUGAAGGACGGAAAGCCAUCAAAAUUAAAGAGAAGUUUAAGUUCUCAUCAUUGGUGACAGAGGAAACAAGGAGGGAAGUCAGAGCAAAAGAUCCAACUCUGCCUUCCAAAGUUGGCCACAAAUCCUAUUCCCCUUGCAAUGUAGGAGUCUUGUUGCCCCAUCCACAAACUAUAGAUGAAUGCAAGAAAGAGAAUGUUAAUGCCUUUGUAACGGACAUUAUGGACAUGGCCUCUGUGGCACUGAAAAACAAAAAGAACCAGUCAGUUGGACCAAACCAACGGGAGACCAGUGGGUCUGUCCAUGACCAAUCCUCUACAGCAUGCAUCCAAGAUAAGGUGCUCGAACACUCCCACAGGCCUCUCCAUCUUGAGAAGGGAGACUUUUACUCCUACCUGUCUCUCUCUUCCCAUGACAGCGACUGUGGUGAGGUUAGUCAGCGUGCUGAGGACAAGAACUUGACCCCUGUACCCUAUAGCAUCCCAUCCCAUGUCAUAUCGACACAAGCUCUAAACAGUCAAAGCUCCGAGCUAUUUCCCAGCACCAAACAGCCAAUAUCUGCCUUUCAGUCAGCUUUGUUGACCAAAUGCUUUUCACCCAGCCAGAAUACUAUGAAUAACAUUGCCUGUCUGGAUUUUAAGUGUUUUGAACGUGAAGCUACCAGUCUCACCGAUGGAAGCCAAGCAGAGGACUCCUCUAGCCCAUCUCUGCCUGUACGUCCAAGUCCUGACAUUAGGAAUGAGGAGGUACUGAUUGAAUCCUGUACAGAGGAGGUUUACCUAGGCCCACCUCUUUGCUACAGCAUGGUGAUUAGAAAGAAACCUCAACCAUUCCAGCAUAAACUGUGUUUGGAUACCUCAUUGGUUAGUGGCUGUCAGCUAAGUAUUAAUGCACCUUGUUCGUCUCAAGAGGGGCCAAAUUCAGAUGUAAAUAAUAGGAUGACUGACCAUUCUUUCUCAGAACAAAGCUCUGGUCGCACAACGAAAACACAGAACUUCUUUCCUCCUGUUCCCAAACCUUGCUGCAGCUCAUUUCCUACAUCUUCAGUCUUGAGAAGCAGCUCUAGCUCUUCAGGUAACAUUUUUUUUCCUCAUCCACCUGUGUCCACUAAUGCAAAAGAAGGAAAGCUCAGUGAAGACCUGUACCUCUCCUCUGAUGGUGUUGGAGGGAAAGUCGCGACUGCUGUGAGUGUCAGCAUGCUGCAGGAGGAGAGAAGUUGUAAUGAGGGGGCUUCUUAUCUUAAUCCCUGGGUACGUGUUGCCCUUAUAGACUCCAUCGCCACAGAAUGUUUGGCAGAUACUAAAACGCUUGAAUCCAAUAUGGGCACCGUAACGACCAAGAUAAGUGUCUGCAGCACUGCUACAAAUCACACAAAAGAGCCAGCCACCACCGCUACGUGUAUUAAUCCCAAAAUUAACUGCUCAGCAAUGAGAACGCUUGAUAGGGAGGAAGGGAAGAGGUGCAGAGAGGCAAAUACUCAAUGGGCAGAAGAGGAGGAGGAGGAGGAAGAGGAGGAGGAGGAGGAGGAGGAGAGGAGAAAGGGGAGGACCAGUUUGCAACAAGAAGCAAAGUCUGUCAUGGUGAAACAGGAAGGCUUUUGGCCAGUUUUGAGUCGGGCCGCUGGAGAAAGACAAGAUGGAGCAAACCUACAGUGAGGACCCCACCUUUCGGAUGACAGCAAUCAAAAAGACCAUCUGCGUUGGGUGGAAGAAUUUCCAGGAUCCAGCACUAAGGAGGUGUCUCUAUCCACUCACCCCUGUCUCAGCGUGUUCUGAGUCUCAUCUCCCUAUUGCAGCCUUUCACCUGUGUGAUCUUCGUCUCUGAACUGUUGUCUUGAAGUUUGUCAUUACCCCGAUGAGUCAAUUAAUUUGUGAUUUGAAGCUGUUUUAAAGCGUUUUCCUGGGGAUAUUUCAAGGUUUACCGAGGUCUUGCUUGAAUGUAGAAUUUAAAUGCAUGUAUACGUAGUAAAAGGUAAUGUGAUCUAUAAAGGGUUUAAGUCAGUGGUCUCAAACUCAAAUCCUCAAUGGCCAGUGUUCUGCAAUUUUAGAUGUGUCCUUUGCCCCACACAUCUGAAUCAAAUAGCUAACGUACCCCACUAGCAUGCAGUCAAGCUUUGCAGAGUUCUGCUAAUUAGGUCAUAUUAAGCUGUGUGCCAGAAUCUGUAGGAUGAGUUUUCGUAUAAACUGUCAGGGGUCUUGGUGAUAUCAGAGUAAAUUGGGCAAAAGUCUGGGCUAUUUCUGCCCUGCGAUGGACUGGUGACC